AACACUAUAUGCUGUAUAUUAAACAGCCCUUAAAGAUUCCUGGCAAAAAGCUUAGUAGUAAAGCCUUUACUCGGUUUUCCUGUCACUCUUAAUAAAGAUGGUCCACUUUUGGCUUAGUCUUGUUGCCAUUAUGGUUCUAUUUCUCUUCUGGAAAUGGAGACGACCUGCAAACUUUCCUCCAGGACCCUGGGCUCUGCCUAUCAUUGGAAACUUCCUGCAAGUUGAUUACAGGAACCCACUGGCAGACUUGGAAAAGCUGGCAAACAAAUAUGGAAACAUCUACAGUAUAUUCCUGGGAAAUAAAUUAAUAGUCGUGCUGAAUGGAUUUCAAACUGUGAAAGAAGCCUUGGUGAAUCGUGCAGCUGAAUUUUCAGACAGACCAGAAGAUCCUGUGUUUCUAAAAGUAAAUAAAAACAAAGGUUGUCAGUUUGAUCCAACGGUGGUAAUCAGCAAUGCUGUAUCCAAUGUCAUCAGUUCCAUUUUAUUUUCUCAAAGAUUUGACUACAAUGAUAAUACAUUUAGCAGGCGACUUGAACUCAUCCGUGAAAUUGCAAGCCUCAUUGGUGGAUUCUGGGGAGAGGAAUUGGUGCUCUUUGGGGAUGACUAUGAAGUUAAUGUUGUAAAUAUGGGGUGUGGGGAGGACCCAGCCUCCUGCAAAAAUGUUUACUUUUGUUUGAGAUUAAAUAGAAAUCCAUUUUAUAGUUUUAAGGCACUUAUUGCUGGUUGCAGUGGAAAUCAAAAAUGGCUGGAAGCGUUAUCUGUUUGGUUGUUACAGAGAAAACAUGAUGGCUCCUCCUUUGAUGAAGAAAAUCUGCUUAUCUUGAUGUCUGAUUUGUUUUUAGCUGGUACAGACACCACAGCAACUGCUUUGAGAUGGGCAUUACUGUUAAUGAUGAUUUACCCUAAUGUUCAAGAAAAAUGCCAUAAGGAAAUUGCAUCCAUUGUUAAUGGUAAGGAGUUUGCUUCUUACGAUGACAGAUUAAGGAUGCCUUAUACACAGGCCGUUAUCCAUGAAAUCUUACGUUUUGGAAAUAUCGCUCCCCUUAGUGUUCCACAUGGUGUAACUAAAGAUGUAUUAUUUAGAGGAUAUACCAUUCCAAAGGGUACCAGGGUGAUGGCAGACCUGAACUCUGUCCUUCAAGAUGAGACUCAGUGGAAGUUCCCCCAUGAAUUUAACCCUGUCAACUUCCUCAAUGACAGUGGAGAGUUUGUUAAACAGGAAGCAUUUCUGCCAUUUUCAACAGGUCCAAGGAUUUGUUUAGGUGAGAAUUUAGCCCGGAUGGAGCUCUUCCUCUUUUUUACAUCUUUACUGAAUAAGUAUGAACUCUUCUGGCCUGAAAAAUCCACAGCACCAAACAUCACACCCAUGUUUGGGAUAGUACGGUCCCCAUAUCCCUUCAGAGUGGGAUUAAAAAACAGAAGGAGCAGUUAAACCAUAAGGAAAUAUAAACAGGAGUUUGGUCAUUUCAAACAAAAAUUGGAUGUUUUUGUUGCAUUUUGAUUUAAGUCAUAACUUUUCAUAGUAUAAUUUGCUACAGAGUAU